AUGUCUACCCCUCAAUUCUGGUCGACUCCCCUCCGCUACUUCCGCUGGGCCGCUCACGAGAAGCCUGCUAUCUUCUUCUCCCUGAUUAUUGGUUCCAUGGGCCCCGUCGCUCUGGUUAGCCUUCCCCCAAUCCGUCGGGCCCUCGGCGACGUUGACCCUGAGCCUAUUCCCCUCUCAUAUCCCGUCCCGAAGGGUCCGCGAACAAUCCCCAAGGGCUUUGAAGACGAGUAA